AUGUAUCGAGUCUUUGCAACCAUCUUGGUAUCGCUACUUUUGCUGGGACCCUGCCUGGCGGAUGUUUUCGCUGAGUGUAAUGACGGCAAUAGCUUGUCGUUUGUUAACUCACCCAAGAGUUGCGCACACUAUAUUUUCUGCAACGGCGAUGAGUCAUACGAUGGUGAAUGCGAGGAGGGCGAAUACUUCAGUCCCGAUAUGGAAAUGUGUGAGCCCAUGGGCGAUAUUGAUUGCCGCACGGGAUUGGCGGUUCAGACGGAUAGCUCAACGGAGAUUAGUAGUUCGGAACCAUCUGAGGUUGAGGAGCCCACAACGAUUGCAGUGAAUACCACAGCGCGUCCAUCGGUGAUUGUUACCCUCCGCCCGUCAGUCAAUCAAAACGGGAGUACCAAUCCUACUCCCAUAUCUCCCGGCAUAGAGGUUAUUGUGACCAACGUGUGCCCACAAAUGGAUAAUCAAAGCCGCAUCGCCUUGCUGCCAAAUCAAAACUCCUGCUCGGAUUAUUACAUUUGCUAUCGUGGCGAAGCUCUGCCCCUCAGCUGUGCCGCCAGUUUGCAUUUCAAUUCGCGGACAGGAAAAUGUGAUCAUCCGGAAAAUGUCAGAUGUUUGGCAAUGACGUACAAUCCUCGAGAGCAGUGCAAACGACAUGUAAUCGAUGUUUAUCCGCAUUCCGACAAUUGCAACUACUUUUACCAAUGUCGUUCUGGUUACUUGAUGGUGCAACAGUGCCCGUUCUUCUACGGAUGGGAUUACGAGAAGCGAUCCUGCGUGGCUCUAAGUCAGGCAAAAUGCUAUAACAAAAUUCAAAUGCAAAUGAAAAUAUAA